GUGGAAAAUCUUUUACCUUUAUCUCAGCCCUCCAUUAUCAUUACAGAGUUCACACUGGAGAAAGGCCUUAUAAGUGCAGUCAAUGUGGAAAAUCUUUUACUAGUAGUUCGAACCUCUGUUAUCAUCACAGAAUUCACACUGGGGAAAGACCUUACAAGUGUGGUGAAUGUGGGAAGUCUUUUACCCACCGCUCUCCCCUGCAUGCACAUGAGAAAGUUCACAUUGCAGAGAGGCCUUAUGUGUGUAGUAAAUGUGGGAAAUCUUUUAAGAGAAAAGGUAUCUUUAACUCUCAUCAGAAAGUUCACACUGGAGAAAGGCCUUAUCAGUGCAGUGAAUGUGGGAAAUAUUUUAAGAGAAAAGAUUAAUUCUCAUCAGAGACUUCACACUGGAGAAAGGCUUAAUAAAUGUGGUGAAUGUGGGAAAUAUUUUACCCAUAGCUCUACCCUGCGUAAACAUCAGAAAGUUCACACUGUAGAAAAGCCCUAUGAGUGCCGUGAAUGUGGGAAGUAUUUUAAGAGAAAAGAUAACUUUAAUUCUCAUCACAGAGUACACACUGGAGAAAGACCUUAUACAUGUGGUGAAUGUGGGAAAUCUUUUACCCACAGCUCUACCCUGUGUAAACAUCAGAGAGUUCACAGUGGAGAAAGGCCUUAUGAGUGCAGUGAAUGUGGAAAAUUUUUUACACGUAGCUCAUCCCUCCAUUAUCAUCACAGAAUUCACAUUGGAGAAAGGCCUUAUAAGUGCAGUAAGUGCAAAAAAUCUUUUGCCCGUAGCUCUGAACUUAGUAAACAUCAUAGAGUUCAUAUUGGAGAAAAGCCUUAGUAGUGUGGUAAAUGUGGGAAAUCAUAGACCAGUAGCUCUGCCCUCUGUAAACACCAGAGAGUUCACACUUGAAAAAGGCCUUACGAGUGCAGGGGGUAUGGGAAACUUUAUACCUGUAGCUGUGCCCUCCAUUUUUAUCUGUUCACACUGGAUGAAGACCUUAUGAAUGCACUAAAUUGGGAAAUCCUUUGUGUCUAUCAGUCAGGUCCAUUACCAUCAAAGAGUUCACACCAAAGGAAUACCUGUGAGGGCAGUAAAUGCAGGAAAUGUUUUCUCUGUAGCAUUAACCUUCAUUGUUAUCAGAGACUGCAAACAUAGCAAAGUUUAUGGCUACAGGAAAUGUGAGAAAUUUUGUUUUAUCAGUAACCUUUGUUAUCCUUAGAGACUUCACAUAGGAGAAAGGCUGAGUGCAAUGAAAUUGGGAAUAUCUUUUUCUGUGCAGUUCUUGCUGUUGUCAUCAGAGAAUUCAUAAUGGAAUGGCCUUAUGCCUGCAGUGAACGUGUGUAAUGUUUUUUUUUGUAUCAGUGAUUUCCACUAGUAUGUUAGAAUUUCACUGGGGAAAUGGAAUUUCAGUAAUUAUGAAUAUGAAGUAUUUUAACUGUAGCCAUUCCCUUCAUUGUUAUUAGAGAAUUGACAAUGUCUUAGUUCUUAUAACUAAAGAAAACUUGGGAAAU